AUGCCACCGCUGCCCCCAAGCCUGCAGCUGACCAGCGUGAGACCCACCUGCACCGGCUGUGCCUCCCACUCGCGAGAGGUCGAGGAGGAGGGGUCGCCGAGCAGCCGCGGUGGCGGGGAGGGGGGCCCGGACCGGAGGGCCCAGCGGGGGGCCGGGAUGGCACCGUCGGAGCUGGCGCCACCUGGCUUGGCGCCCGGCGUGGUGCUCCUGCAGAAAUUGAGGGGCAGCCGGUUCGGAUACGGGUUCUACCAGGGCAUGGCGCUGGUCCUGACGUUCCUGGUGUACAUGUCCUACCACGCGUCCCGGAGGCCCAUCAGCAUCGUGAAAUCGGCGCUCAACCCGACCGGCAACACCGGAUGCUGCGGGGACGACUGCGACGCGUCGGGCGUCCAGGCGACGCUUGCGAACGGGACGGACGCGACGGGGGUGCCGGGGGCGCCGACAAACGGGACCGAUCCGGCUGGUGGAGGGGAUGAUUGUGAUGGCGGUUGGGCGCCUUUCUGCGGAGGAUGUGGAGAGAGCCGGCUUGGCUACUUGGACACAGCCUUCCUCAUUUCCUACACCUUCGGUGUCAUGGCUUCUGGUCACAUCGGUGACAGGACGAACCUGAGGCAUUUUUUGCUUUUCGGAAUGGUUGGCAGUGGUGUGAUGAUCUCCUUGGUCGGGAUGGCAUAUUUCUGGAAUAUCCACAGCUACAGCUACUUCUUGAUUUUCCAGGGCUUGACAGGAGUGUUUGAGGGCACGGGAUGGCCUGCCGUGGUGUCAGUGGUUGCACAUUGGUUUGGAAAAGGUCGCCGUGGUCUCAUUAUGGGCAUCUGGAACUCGCACACUUCAGUUGGAAACAUGCUGGGCUCCUUCCUGGCAGCUGCUGUGGUGGACCCCGACUGGGGGUAUUCCUUCCUUGUCCUGGCUGCUUUGAUUACAGGUGUGGGGGUGUUUACAUGGCUCUUCCUUAUUCCGAGUCCUUCUGACGUGUUUGAGGCACCGGGAGCUGGGUCCUAUGUUGCCGGAGGUGAAAGGGUGGAGGACGAAGAGCAGGGCAACUAUGAAAGGGCCCCAGAGCCGGACAGCCCAGUGAAGCCUCCGCCAAAGGGGAUCAAUUUCAUGGCUGCAUGGGCCAUCCCUGGUGUCAUGUCUUACUCAUUUGCCCUCUUCUUCAGCAAGCUAGUAGCAUACACCUUUUUGUUCUGGCUCCCAUUCUACCUGCAGGAGAAUAGGCCUGAUUUAACAUCCAAACAGGCAGGCGACUUGAGCAUCUUCUUCGAUUUGGGCGGCAUUUUUGGAGGUAUUGCUGCGGGGCAGCUGUCCGAUGCGACUGGCGCCAGUGCUUCUGUUGCUACCGGAUUCACACUCUUGGCGAUGCCAACCAUGCUUGCGUACCAGAAGCUAGGUGGUGUAUCUCCGACUUUGAAUGACAUCCUUUUAGUUGUUACCGGCUUCUUCGUCAAUGCACCAUAUGCGUUGAUUACCACAGCGGUGUCUGCAGACUUGGGGACGCACGAGUCCAUCGCCAGCAAUCGGAAUGCACUGUCAACUGUGACUGCCAUUAUCGAUGGCAUGGGGUCCUUGGGUGCGACAGUUGGCCCGAUGCUGACGGGCCAGAUCCUUUCCAACAACACCACCACGGGGGCAUUCAACAAAAUGUUCGUGAUGCUUUGUGGCUCCUCUCUUCUGGCGGGUAUGCUGUUGGCUCAGCAAGUCUGGAAAGAGCACAAGGCUCGCAGGAAAGUGGUGGAAAAAGCGACUUCGUCGGAAAGCAGGGAGGCGGAGAGCAGAGAGGGAGAGACCGAAGCGCUGUUGCUGGGACAGUCGACUUGA